GGAGGGGAGAAUGGCUAUGGUGACCGGUGGCUGGGGCGGCCCCAGGGACACGAACGGAGUAGAGAAGGGCGGUUACCCCCGCACGUCGGAAGAGGACUCGGCCUCGCCCCAGGGCGGCGGCAGCGACCCGGAGCCGGGCGACGAAGACAAGCCCGGGCUCCAGGUGGACUGCGUGGUUUGCGGGGACAAGUCCAGCGGCAAACAUUACGGUGUCUUCACCUGCGAGGGCUGUAAGAGUUUCUUCAAGCGGAGCAUCCGCCGGAACCUCAGCUACACCUGCAGGUCCAACCGAGACUGCCAGAUUGAUCAACACCAUCGGAACCAGUGUCAGUACUGUCGCUUAAAAAAGUGCUUCCGGGUCGGCAUGAGAAAGGAAGCGGUACAGCGGGGCCGGAUCCCCCACACGCACUCGGGGGGCAGCCCCACAGCGCUGGCUGGAGGUGGGGGUGGGGAGUACUUCAAUGGGCAGCCAGUGUCGGAGCUGAUCUCGCAGCUGCUCCGGGCAGAGCCAUACCCAGCAGCCCGCUAUGGCUCCCCAGUACGCCCAGCAGCAGGCAGCGUCAUGGGCAUCGACAACAUCUGUGAGCUGGCUGCCCGCCUCCUCUUCAGUACUGUGGAGUGGGCCCGGAACAUCCCCUUCUUUCCUGAGCUGCCCGUGGCAGACCAGGUGGCCCUGCUGAGGCUCAGCUGGAGCGAGCUCUUCGUCCUCAACGCCGCACAGUCUGCCCUGCCUCUGCACAUGGCCCCGCUGCUGGCCGCGGCCGGCUUCCACGCAGCGCCCAUGGCUGCUGACCGCGUGGUCUCCUUCAUGGACCAGAUCCGGGUCUUUCAGGAGCAGGUGGAUAAGCUGAACCGGCUGCAGGUGGACUCUGCAGAGUAUAGUUGUCUCAAGGCCAUCGCCCUUUUCACACCAGAUGCCUGUGGCCUCUCAGACCCAGCUCAUGUGGAGAGCCUGCAGGAGAAGGCGCAGGUGGCCCUGACGGAGUACGUGCGUGCCCAGUACCCCUCGCAGCCUCAACGAUUUGGCCGCCUGCUUCUCCGGCUGCCCGCCUUGAGGGCUGUGCCUGCCGCCCUCAUCUCCCAGCUCUUCUUCAUGCGCCUCGUGGGCAAAACGCCCAUCGAGACACUCAUCCGGGACAUGCUGCUGUCUGGCAGCACCUUCAACUGGCCCUAUGCCGCUGGGCAGUAGGGGUCUGGCCUGGCAGGGCCCUGCUGUGCCUCUGCUGCCCUGUCUGGCCAAGGCCAUACCUCAGGCUCCUCAUCUAUCAAAUGGGGAACGUAGCCUCUGCCAUUCGCAUGUUGGGACCAGCGCAGAAGGCCGCGCACCCUCGACCCUGGGGACUGGAUCGACACUUAAGACUGGUUAUUUUUUAGAAGGCAAAUGAGAUCAUUUUGUCUUUUUUUUUUUUAAUGACAACAUAAAACCAAAAAGACCCUCCCUACUUCCCUCGGACUGGGACCCUGGUGGCACAGAUGCCUCUCCUUCACCCUUCAGUGCCCUCCGUCCAUCUGUGCUCAGGAACCAGCUAGCCUUUGAAGCCUCCUAGGGGGGAGGGAAGCCUGCAAGGUGUGGGGAUGCCCUGGCCCACCUCCUCUCAACCCUUCCUUGCCUCCCAAAAUGCAUGUCCUGGGCCGUAUCCCAGAGCUACCAAGAGUGGAGAGAACAUAGCUGGCACAGAGAGGCCAGGUUCUCCUGGCAGACCCCGGGGGCUGAGGCCAGGUUGGCAGCUGGGGGCAGGAGUAACUCAGCCUCCUAAUUCCUUCUGCUUGCCAGGUGGGGGGCAGCGAGGAGAGAGAAGGGAGGGUGGCCCCUGGCCCGGGGCAGGAGCCACGGGGGACAUGAGUAUAUAUAAUUUAGAUUGAUUCUCUAAAAAUAUAAUCCAUGCUGGACACUACAAAAUGAAUGACCUAAAGCCAAUAAAGAUGUUUCUUACCACA